UGGGGAAAUAAUAUUUUGGUUCAAAACGAGGCAAAGCAAAAACACGGAUUCAUAGUAGAAACAAGAAAAGAAAAAUCAAAGCGAUUGAAAAACGAGGCAACGAAAAUCGGCUUCAUUCAUCGUCUUCCCAAAUUCGUUCUCAAUUCUUCCAUCUAUCGUUCUUCCACUUCCCUUUUCGGUUUUUCAAGGGGAUAAGUUUUUAUGGAAGGAGUUGGGGGCGACGCGGCCUCUGCAGUAGCACCUCUGGCUAAGUGGAGAAACGACUUUGCCAGAGCAUUUCAGUAUUACUUGGAUCGAUCCACUCCUCACCCGGUCCAGAGGUGGUUGGGAACCCUUCUUGUUGCAGCAAUUUAUGUGUUGCGUGUUUUCUAUGUUCAAGGGUUUUAUGUUGUCUCCUAUGGAUUGGGAAUCUAUAUUUUGAAUCUCUUGAUUGGGUUUCUAUCGCCCAAGGUUGAUCCUGAGCUCGAUGUCUUGGAUGGAGCUUCCUUGCCUACUAAAGGGUCUGAUGAGUUUAGGCCCUUCAUACGUCGACUUCCGGAGUUCAAAUUUUGGUACGCCAUCACCAAAGCCUUUUGUAUUGCAUUCCUCAUGACCUUCUUCUCACUCUUUGAUGUUCCGGUUUUCUGGCCCAUUCUUCUUUGCUAUUGGAUUGUUCUAUUUGUCCUGACAAUGAAGCGCCAAAUCAUGCACAUGAUCAAAUACAAAUAUAUUCCUUUCAGCAUUGGAAAACAGAGGUAUACAGGAAAGAGGUCUUCUGCAAGUAGCAGUGGCGUUUCAAGAGACUAAGUUUCAUCAUUCCCCUCUGGUUAGUAGUAGACAGAAAUGAAAGCGUGCAGCAUUCGAACUCUUCUUUCAGUUUUUCCUAAACAAGCACUUGCUUAUCAGACAAGUACGAAUUCAGGACACUGGUUGAAGAGAAACAGCUUAUGGUGUUGUGGUGGUAAUAUGGAUAUUGUAAUAGGUUUUUCUCAAUUCUGUGUUGACCACAAUCCAUCAUCCUAUACUUUGUUUUUCUUCUUGUGUUUGUUUUGUCUAGGAUUCUUAGGCUCUAUUACUAUAGAAUAUGGCUUAUAAUUUUUUUCUUUUUUUGUAUCUUAAUUUCUUUUUUUUUUCUUUUUUUCUGUUGGGGAAAAAUGAAAUGUCCAAUUAAUAUUAGUUGGGUUC